AUGAAAGGGGUGAAACGAAUUUACUUAGCUAUCUUAAGUUUUUUUUCCCUAGUAAAUUCACACAUAGUAGAUGAAAGCAUUAAUAUACUUCCCCUAGAUAAUAAUUUAUUACAUGUGAAACUAAAAUUGAUUGUUAAUGGAAAAAAUUAUAAGGAAAAAUUUCUCCCCAUAAACAUCCUAAAAAUACUGAAUUAUGUGAAAUCACUUAAAAUUAAUAUAAAAAGAGGUGUAUACAGAAAUUAUUACAAGAACAAAUAUUUGGACAAUUAUCCUUUUGGCUUUACUCUUACAGUCGAACUAAAAAAAGGACAGAAGGACAACAAUCAUUCCAGAGAAGAGGAAAAUGAUGAAUUUUCAAAAGAUGAAAGAUUUCUUUUACGACAAUUACUAAACGAUAUUUGGUCUAUUACAGGAAUAGCUACAAACCUUUUAAAAAUCAAAAAUCUCAUAAGAAUUCAUAAUGAAAUUUUUGCAUUUUUACCUGAUGAAAGUAUAUGUAUUGAACAUUUUUCGCUACUUAAGAAAUUAUAUCCAUGUAAAACUUUUGGAGGUUUAUUUAAUGCAUUAAGCCCUAACUAUUUAAUAUCCAAACCUUUGAGCAAUAUAGGAUUUGAGCUAAAUGACAGUAAUGAAAAUUUACUAAUACUUUAUGUAGAUUAUAUUACUGAACAUGAUCACAAAAAAGAUGUGAAUGUCAUAGAUUUGAUAAAUAGUAAAUAUAACCCGAACGAAUGUCCUUUAGUUGAUAGAACUGCAUUACUUGUAAAAAAAAAGGAAGAAAAUGUUGUUUCGACAAUUUUCGAAAAAUAUGGUAAUAUCGACGUAGUAUAUGAUAAUAUAAAUAUAUACAAUAUUGUCCAAAAUGGGAAACCGAACAUUAUAGAGGAAUACAUAAAUGUUCAUGCUCUUAAAGAAGAAGUUAAUAGUAUGAUAACUGCAGACAUAAAAAAGAAACAGAGUUCCUUAUUAUAUGUAUUUCAAAAUUUUAAUAAAAAGAGUAACAGUGAUUUCUUAUUUGUUGAUAAAUUGCCAUAUUUUUUAUCACCCUUGUUGCAUACUAUGAUGAUUCAAGGAAAGGGUCCUAUUGAAAAUAAUAAAAAGAAAGAAAAUUGUAACUUCACCUAUUUGGGGUAUAAUGCAAUUAAAAAAUUUAAUAUUAAAUUUAGCAAUUUUGACAUACUUGAAAAAAUACCAAAAAAUGGAAACUUCUACUACAUUAAUUUUAAACACAUUUUACCGCCACAAUGUGAAAUAAUUAUGAGAUUCGAAGUAGUAAAAGUACAUGUUAGGUCGUUCGAAUUUGAUUUUGAUAUAGAUAGAGGAAUUUUGUUAGGAAGUGGGAUAUUUGUGCAAAAAAGAAACCAUAUAUCACAGGAAAGUGACAAGUUUAUGUAUAAAUACACCCCCUCACUCUUGAUAGACAUAAUUUUACCAGAUACAAGUAUGCCUUUUAAUGUCAUAGCUAUCUCAACUUGUGUUAUCAUGCUCUUUUUUGGGUUCAUGUUUAAGGCUACGGCGAAGGAAGAAACAAGAUAUAUUUAA